UGUUGAACGGCUCGCCAUGGCGGAAGGACGUAGAGAACAGCCGCCGCAUCCCCUCUUCUCUUUACCACCGGCCAGCAAGCGACCCUGCCUGCGCCCUCCACCGCGGGGUCCCGGGCCGGGGCCCGGCCACGGCAUGCCCAGCUCUCGGUAUCGUUCCCCGGAGUCCCUGCUGGACUGCGCCGCGAAGGCGGUAGCGGAGAAGUGGGCCUUCGAGAGAGUUGAGGAGCGCUUCGAGCGGAUCCCAGAGCCCGUCCAGCGCCGCAUCGUCUACUGGUCUUUUCCCCGCAACGAAAAGGAGAUAUGCAUGUACUCGUCGUUUCAGUGCCGUGUGGCCGGCGAGGAGGGUCCGGUGGCGGCUACCGGCGGCGCUGCGAGUGCCGGCUCCGGAGCUACGACCGCUGCUGCUGGUGGAGGAUCCGCCGCCGGUACGGCAGCUACGGCUGGGGCAGCCGGAGCGGUGGGAACCGGAGACGGACUGCCAUUCCGCCGCGGUAUCCGGCUGCUGGAGACCGGCUGUGUGGAAAACGUUUUACAAGUUGGCUUUCACCUCAGUGGCACAGUUACUGAACCCACCACAUCAUCAGAGCCAGAGGUCACACACAAGGUGGCCAUCAGCUUUGACCGCUGCAAGAUAACCUCAGUCACUUGUGGCUGUGGGAACCGGGAUAUAUUCUACUGUGCGCAUGUGGUGGCGCUGUCACUCUACCGGAUUCGCAAGCCUGAACAGGUGAAGCUACGGCUGCCCAUCUCCGAGACGCUGUUCCAGAUGAACAGAGACCAGCUGCAGAAGCUGGUCCAGUAUCUGAUAACAGCCCACCACACUGAGGUGCUGCCCACCGCUCAGAAACUGGCUGAUGAGAUCCUCUCCUCCAACUCUGAGAUCAACCAGGUUCAUGGUGCACCAGACCCAACUGCAGGUGCCAGCAUUGACGAUGACAACUGCUGGCAUCUGGACGAGGAUCAGGUCAGGGAGCAAGUUAAACAGUUUCUAUCCCAGGGAGGAUACUAUGGCUCUGGGAAGCAGCUCAACUCCAUGUUUGCUAAGGUGCGGGAGAUGCUACGAAUGCGAGACUCCAACGGCGCCCGAAUGCUGACGCUCAUAACGGAACAGUUUAUGGCGGACCCUCGUCUGUCGCUAUGGAGACAGCAGGGCACGGGCAUGACGGACAAGUGUCGGCAGCUGUGGGAUGAGCUGGGUGCACUGUGGGUGUGCGUGGUGCUAAACCCCCACUGUAAAAGUGAGGAGAAAAGCACCUGGCUCAAGCAGCUGAAGAAGUGGGGGGACAUGGACGUCUGCCCACUGGAGGAUGGCAACUACGGCAGCGAGCUUCCAAACAUCACUAACGCUCUUCCACAGAGCAACCUUGCACAGGACUCUGUGUCAAGGCCGAGGAGGACAGUGUUCAGCCGGGCCAACGAAGCCUGUGACCUCCACUGGCAGGACAGUCACCUCCAGAGGAUCAUCAGCAGCGAUUACUACAUGUCCCCGUCCUACCAGAGAGAGGGGGAGAGCCUGCUGUUCAACCCACAGGGACUGCCGCUGUGGCUCGACCAUGUACCAACAGCAUGCGCUCGCGUCGAUGCCCUGCGCUCCCAUGGUUACUCCAGGGAAGCCCUGCGAUUGGCUGUUGCUAUCAUCAACACACUUCGCCUCCAACAGCAGAGACAGAUGGACAUCUACAAACACCAAAAGAAAGAGCUCCUCCAGAGGGGUGUGACCUCCACCACGAACCUAGAAGGCUGGGUCGGUCAUCCCUUAGACCCGAUUGGCUGUCUGUUCAUCACUCUCACAGAAACCUGCCGCGUGGAUGACGACAACAGCAUGGAUACCGGAGAGGGAGAACCCAGACCUCCAGUCUACCACCAUGUGCCAGUGUGGGGUUGUCCUGAUGCUGGGGAGUCGUACCUGACUCUGGCUUUAGAGGUGACUCUCAUGGGUAUGGGCCAGCAGAGGAUCAUGCCAGAGGGCCUUUAUGCUCAGGAUAAGGUUUGUCGUAACGAGGAGCAGAUCGUUGCAAAACUUCAAGAACUGGAGCUGGAUGACCUCCUGGUUCAGACUCUUCGGAAACAGGCCAUACAGCUACUAGAUGCCGGUCCCUUCAGCGGUCUUGGGGAAGUCAUCCACAGGGAGAGUGUUCCAAUGCACACCUUCGCCAAGUACCUCUUCUCCGCCCUGCUGCCACAUGACGCUGACCUGGCGUAUAAGGUGGCUCUCCGCGCAAUGAGGCUGCCGGUGUUGGAGUCAUCAGGAGGCUCCGGGGACGUGGGCCACCCUCACCAUGGCAUCUCCAUAGUUCCAAGUAGAUACCCCCGCUGGUUCACACUGGGACACCUGGAGUCACAGCAGUGCGAGCUGGCCUCCACCAUGCUCACCGCUGCUAAAGGUGACAUGUUGAGGUUGAGGACAGUGCUGGAGGCCAUCCAGAAAAACAUCCACUCCUCUUCCUUAAUCUUCAAACUGGCCCAGGACGCUUUUAAGAUCGCCACACCCGCAGACAACCCGCCUGAUAUAACCUUACUCAAUGUAGCACUGGAGCUCGGCCUGCAGGUGAUGAGGAUGACUCUGUCCACACUGAACUGGCGAAGGAGAGAGAUGGUUCGCUGGCUGGUUACCUGUGCCACUGAAGUCGGUCUGCGGGCAUUGGUCAGCAUCUUACAGAGCUGGUACACUCUCUUCACACCAACCGAGGCCACCAGCAUUGUGGCAGCCACCGUUAUGUCCCACAACACCAUCCUGCGCCUCAGCCUCGACUACCCCCAACGUGAGGAGCUGGCCAGCUGUGCAAGGACCCUGGCCUUGCAGUGUGCCAUGAAGGACCCCCAGAACUGCGCUCUGUCAGCUCUGACACUAUGCGAGAAGGACCACAUUGCCUUCGAGACGGCCUAUCAGAUCGUGAUUGACGCAGCGUCAACAGGAAUGACAUACUCCCAGCUCUUUACCAUUGCAAGGUACAUGGAGCACAGAGGAUAUCCUCUGCGAUCGUUCAAAUUGGCCUCCCUUGCCAUGACACAUCUUAACCUGGCGUACAACCAGGACACACACCCAGCUAUUAACGAUGUGCUCUGGGCCUGCGCACUUAGCCACUCUUUGGGUAAAAAUGAGCUUGCAGCCAUUAUUCCCCUGGUGGUGAAGAGUGUGCACUGCGCCACAGUGCUGUCUGACAUCCUCAGACGGUGCACCAUGACAGCGCCGGGUCUUGCUGGCAUCCCUGGGAGAAGGAACUCUGGGAAGCUGAUGUCAACAGACAAGGCACCAUUGCGGCAGCUCCUAGAUGCCACAAUCUCAGCUUACAUCAACACCACGCACUCUCGACUGACGCACAUCAGUCCGCGACACUAUGGAGAGUUCAUAGAGUUCUUGAGCAAAGCAAGGGAGACUUUCCUGCUGGCACAGGAUGGCCACAUUCAGUUUGCCCAGUUCAUAGACAACCUGAAACAGAUCUACAAGGGCAAGAAGAAACUGAUGAUGUUGGUCAGGGAGCGCUUCGGCUGACCUCCCCCUUCCCUCACAGGGAUGCUCUGCCUGGGAAGAAAUUGAACGUACUCGUUUCUAUUUAAGUAUUUUUUUAGAUUAUUUGUAUUUUUUACUUAUGUUGAGCCAUUUGUUGACUAAGUCAUAAGUUUUGGUCCCUGUUUUGUUGUUUUGUUUCUUGAAUGUGAACCAGGAAGUGUUGCAGUACAUUGCUCUACUUCGUUGAGACUGCAAAAGAGGGAAAUGGCUUGAAAUGUCAAAGAAAUACCAACAAAAACAAAGUGUUUAACCCGCCAACUAAUGUUGAACUGAUGAUAAAAACAUCAAGAGAUUGUGAUAACAAAAAAGCAAAAAGAACGUUGUUUUUCAGUGGCACAUGACGAUAUGAGAAACCAAAUGAUUUUGUUGGAUGGGGUACAUACUUUGAGCCAGAAGACGCUUUCAGCUGCGCUUAAGAUGAAGUGUAUUUAAAAGUGGAAGAGAUAUGUUAUUCCAAACAUAAAGACCCACUGAGGUGGAAAACACA